AGUUUAGAACUGGCAAUACUAACAACAAGACAGGAAAUCGAUCCUGUCCGGUGAAGAACAAAGUUAAAGUAGUUGUUCUACUUACUGACUCUUCCGCACCUGCACUCCUAGCUUGCUCCUCCAGCACAACGAACAACAUUAUGCCGUCUUCUUCCAAUACGCGAGCGUCAGGAGAGCCGCUCAGAAGUGGUAGUCGGAAGCGGUCUGCCGACUGGAAGAAGCCAGUAGACGAGAAGCAGAAGGAAAACGAAAACGAAAAGUUCGAGUACUACGAAAAGCACAAGAAGAACUACAAAUGGUGUAAGGACGAUGAGGAGGACUAUUACGACUACGAAGAUCGGAAGAGUUGGAAAAAGAAGGGCUGGGUCGACUACGAGGAGAAUGAGAAUGUCGACUAUUCUUAUGAUAAGAAUAGUCAUGGUCGUAGUUGGAAGAAGAACAAGAAGUGGUCCACUUGUUCCAAAGAGCACGAGAAGUACGGUGAGAGCAGCUGUACGACUACGACCUGGGGCCGCGAGGAGGACUACGAAGAUCCUGAGGAUCCUGAGCAAUCUGCAUCUGGCUCGGCGCUCACUAGUCGUGCUGCCCGAACAAGACAACACACCAGCCGCCCGACUAGAUCUCGAUCGCCCCGGACGGGACGAGACCCGGUCGUGCGGGGACAGGACGAGGAAAAUAAAAACGACAAGCUGGUCGUCCCCGAUAAAAAUGAAGAUUCGCUUUCCGACUCAGAUAACGACGGUCGUACAAACACCAGGCCGCGCGUGAGUGAAAGCAUCACGAGCGAAGAAGACCAGGAGGAGGUCCCCGACGAGAGGAUGAAGAGCAACAAUGCGGAUGAACAUUUUUACCAGGACAACAACCUUAUCAAGUCUUCUUCAAAUUUUGUCCAGAGUCAGCUGAAGAGACUUCUGAAGCAGGACCGCCACCACGACCAGCACCACGCGCUGGACAAAAACACGUCGAAGCAGCAGAUUGGAUGGUGCGACUUUUACCUGGCGUUGCUCACGGUUCAGGUGGAGGAGGAGCAGCGGGGGUAUUUAAAAAAGGAAAUGGAGUAUCAAAUGCAAAUAUGUCUGGGUCUGGAAGAUAGAAUGCAAAAGUUUGCCAUGCAGAUUUUGCAUGAUCCAUGAGGUCUGUGAUGCAUGCCCUAGCAUCAGAGAUUUUGCGAGGGCUUUCUGAUGCUCAUACCGCAUGAGAAAUGCCCUCUCCGCGUAGCGCAAAUUACACCUCUUUUGCUGUUCAUGCAAUGCAGAUUUUAUGUAGAAGAGUCCAAACGUACUAGCAUCACAAGUUGCAUCCUUCCAGACCCAGACAUAUUUGCAUUUGAUAUGGAGGUGUUGAGAAAGAAGCGGGACAGGUUCGUGCGGUUCUUGAUAUCAUCCUCUUCAUCUUCUGGAGGAGAAGAUGAUGGCGCUUUCGAAGAGGACGAGGAAUCGGUAAGGAACACCCUAUUUCUGGAGCAAUGCCGGGAAAGACUUUUGCUGGAACAACGGGAAAAGGAAAAAGCGAAAGGUUGUUUCAUCGGUGAGGAGGAAGUGAAGAAAAGCUGCAAGAACAUCUUCAGAGAAAAGUCAUGUGAAGUAGCUGAAGAACAAAAAGUAGAAGAAAAGACCGACGACCCGACUUUUCUUGCUAACGUCGGAGACCACUCUGCAAGUAAUUGCACUACUACAAUAAAUCGUCCAGCAGCUGGCUCUUGUUCGAACGAGGCCACGAUAGAAGAGGUUGGGCAGGAUGUGGUUGAGUUGCCAGAUGACGAUGACGGAAAUCAAGACGGGACUGAUCACGAUGAUGAUGAUGAUGAUGAUGAUGACGAAGAUGACGAUGACCACGACGAUGAUUGCGAGUCUUCGCUGGACAGCAGUGACGAAGAGCUGGAAAUGCUUGAGAGUUUGAACCGCGCUCACAGAAGUAGAGGACAGGAACCGAUGAUGAAUCUCUACAUGGACAAGCAGCAGCAGCGCAACUACGUCGCCGCGCGAGACGAGUUGACGCUCAACAUGUCGUCCAGAAUUUCUUCGAAAAGCGGUGGACCUCCUGGUGCAGAUCCACGAGACCGAGCUCCUGCGCCAGCGACGCAAGCCGCUUCGCCAACGACGACUCUUGACGUUCCCGCUACGUCAUCAACCGCCGUGGUGCCAAAUAGUAAACGAGAUCGACAAGAUCAUGAACAAGGAGUAGAACACAUCCAGAACUCUACUGCGAGAACAACGGCCGCCCCUGCCGAGCAAAACUCCGAUGAAAAGGACUUGUUUCUCCAGGCCGCAACUUUCGAUGAAAUUCAAAUAGUAGAAGAGGAUCGACAACAUCGGAGCAGUACUGCAGGAGCUCCUGGUUCUGGUGAUCUGCUACCCGGGUCGGACGGAGAUAUCGUGGUUGAGCCAGAAGUAGAUCUUCUCGGCGGUACCCUGGUGUAUGAUCUGAUGGACAGCGUCGGAGAUCAUGGGGAAAGAACAGGAAGUGAUAUUAAACUCGCAACAGUAGAACUAUCGACCAAUCUCAGUACGUCUGUGGGGGAAGCAGACGCCGCGUCCUUGUGUGCAACAGCUACGAAGACGACCAGGACGGAAGGUGGAAGUAGAACCAGCAUCACAGCUAUCCAGGAAAAAACACCCAUCCCCAUCCAAUUUGUCAUGCAAAACAUGCAUAAAGUCCACUAUUUGUCAUGCAAAAAGUGGAUGGGGAUGGGUGUUUUUUCCUGGAUAACAGCAAGCUUGAUCACCACCCCUGCUCCAGGAGAGGACAGUUGCCGGUCUAGGAGUUGUGGGGGAAUCGAAAGAAAGGAAGGAAAUCCGCCACAACAACAUUCACAUUCACCACAUCAAACGCGCCCGGAAGCAAGAAUCGAUGCAGAUUCUCUUGUAGAGUGGUCACUGGCAGAACUUUUUCCACCAGGUACGUACUGUUAUAUACUUUCGACAUGUGAAAAUGAAAAAGAAAACCCAUUCUUGCUUGCAGUACUAAGCGAAAAAUAUAUGACAGAGAAUGAAAAGUAAAUGAGUGAAAAUAGUCAAUUAUAUGCCACCUCAACCUCCUCCUCCCACUCCCUUACAGCGACCACAAUCGACCCACCUUCUUUUGAUCCCGGGGCCACGAGAACCUGUCCACUUGCGGAGGAGCACGAGAAACAGGAUUUGAUGAACGAUGAGGAUGAUCUGCCCAGCUAUUUCUCCGCCCGUGUUCCCCCACGUCGACCUACAGAUGCUGCACCUACAGGUGGAACAUCAGCUUUCUCGCGCACCACUAGUACGGAUUUGGAAGUCCUCACUGCGAGGCUUCCGGAGGUGGACCAUGUCCUCACAGGAGACGCGGGAGAUCCAGAUCAAGAUCCCUACGGGCAUCUGUACCAAAACGUCGCACCAAGGAAGGACACCGAAACCAUAGAAGAGGAGGAGGAUGACGGCUUCGAUCGGAACAUCCAUAACUAUCUCGAUGCCGAUGCGUUCUGGCCUUCGGACGAAGAAGAUGGUAUAAAAAUUCUCGCCCGGGACGAAGAAGAAAAAAACAAGUAGCGCCGAGUGCCGCGCUCGCUCCGUCGCCGCCGCGUGGGAAGAAUUUGAACGCACCAGCAGAGUAGGACCGACAAAGACCACCUCCUCCGCCAAUGGGGGUGCGAAAAAAUUGACUCCUUAUUUUCACUAAGACAAACGAGACAAAACUGGUCGGUGAGAUUUUCUUGCCCGAAUGACAGCUGCUAUUUCUCAUUCAUUUUUUUUUCUCGUCGUUCCACAUGAAUGUACCAUCUUGUUCUUCGUGAAUGUGAUUGACUCGGUGCUUGUCGUCGUUGGCUCAAUGUAGAUUCGUUCAGAUUGAUGUAGCAGGACCACUACUAAUACCUUGAUAGAUCAUUGUAUGAAAAUGAAAGUCUGCGAUGAUUCACGAGCUUGUGCAACAAGUAGUCCUCACUGUCACUUUUUGAUUUCCCUUGCGCACCCGAAUAAAAUUGAUGUCGCAUUCGUGCUCGUAUGUACAUCUAUUCACGUCUUGGUCUGCUAGACUCCUAUGUAUACUAAACGACCCUGACACGACCAUGUUUGCCCCAAAACGAACAAAUUGAGCCCCAUUCCGGGUUAUAAAGAGCUUCAGCUUACGAACUUAAGAUAUCCUAGAUCACUUUAUUUCUACUUAUCGAUAUCAAAUGCCUUCUUCCCGCCUACCGUCCCGGAACGCAGCGGCGAUGGGUUUCAGGGUUUUAGGGAUUUAGGGUUCUAGUCAAAACUUAUCGAUAUCAAAUGAAACUCCUUCACACGACUGAUAUUAACUAGCAGUGAGCCGGCCAAUGCGCCCCAGUUGGGUUCGUGAGACGAGUGCUGCGGUAAGAUGGGCGGUACUUACUUAUUUGUACGAACAUGAUAGAUGCGCCGAAUGUAUGUUUGAGCCAGUUCGUUGUUGACCGUGUGUGUAUUUGUCGGUUGUGCGAGUGGAUCAUUAGCAUCCGGAUGCUCUCCCUCCUAGGGUGUUGAUAUUGUAAAAAUCCCUUACCACGUCUGAAAGAAAUUGAACCGGUA